GUCUGGAACUCUGGUCAGACGGAGUAGGAACCUUGUGCAAGCUAGAGCUUUGCCGAACCGUCAUCCGUUAUUCCGUGUAAAAGUUCAGAAGAAGAAAAAAAAAACAAAAAAUAAUAGAAACUCUCUUGUUUAUCGCUAUUGUGGUUUCAUCAGUGACGAGUGGGGGCGAUCAUGCCGCCAAUGAUCGUGUUCUGUGAUUAAAGAACAAAACAAAACAAACUUAAACAUUGGGGCAUAAUUAAAUUUGAUCGUACGCGAUUUCAACGUAACGCGAUGCGCCGUAACGAGAAGCUGCUAGUGACAUCGGUCGCAGCUUGUCUCCUAGCGCUCGUCUGUUUACCUUCCAUCGACGCGGCCGCCUGUAAAGGCUGCGUUGCCAACACACGCUGCCAAUGUGUGGCAGAGAAAGGAUUCCCCGGUGAAAUGGGGUUGACGGGUCUGCGAGGAUCUCAAGGUAUUCCCGGCGAUAUUGGACCGGAAGGUCCUCCCGGACCAUUCGGCCCUAACGGAGAAGGAGGUUCCUUUGGUGGUAUGGGAGAAAAAGGCCACAGGGGUGAUCCAGGUGUUCCAGGAAUUACUGGCUUUGGAGGCAUUCCGGGUUUACCCGGCCUUGAAGGACCGUUUGGUACUCCCGGUAUGAACGGUUGUAACGGAACAGACGGACUUCCUGGACUGCUGGGACUGAAAGGAUUUCCAGGUGGACGAGGUCCCAUGGGACCGCCUGGCGAUCUAGGUCCACGCGGAGAUGCUGGCGAAGGAGGAAUCAACUCACCAGGCACGAAAGGUGAAAGAGGUGAACCCGGCAAAGGCGGACUUCCGGGAUUUGACGGACUUCCCGGUACUGAUGGCUAUAACGGAGAGAGAGGCGAUGCUGGUGAUAUAGGAUUCGAAGGAUCGUCUGGUUUGAAGGGUAGACGGGGUCUACCAGGUGAAGAAACCGUAUUGAGUAAAGGACUGAAAGGUGACCAAGGAGAAAAAGGUCCACCAGGAGAUUUGCAAUUUACUGAACCACCCGGAAUCAUAACUGGUAACCCCGGAAUGAAAGGUGAUCCCGGUAUGAAAGGAGAUCAAGGACCUGCCGGCCCAAUAGGUCCAAAAGGGCCUCAAGGAUAUCCAGGCCCACUUGGCCACAAAGGUUACAAGGGAGAUUACGGAAUGGAUGGGCCCCGUGGUAAACAAGGAAAGCCCGGAAACUCCGGGCCACCUGGCAUGAAAGGUGGUAAAGGAGCUCCUGGUUAUGCAGCAAGACCUGGUUUAGACGGUGUCAAGGGAAUUCCUGGAGAUUCAGGAAUGCCCGGCAUUCCUGGUUUACAAGGCCCAGCUGGUCCCCCAGGAAUUUACGAUCCCAAUCUGGAUGAAGAAGGUCGCCCCGGAGCCGAAGGAGUUCAGGGUCCUAUUGGUCCCCAAGGAAGUCCUGGUCGAAAUGGACUGCCUGGAAGACAAGGCAAUUACGGACUGCGAGGAUCGCCAGGUGAACCGGGAGUUAACGGACGACCGGGCGAAAUUGGUCGGAAAGGAAUAACUAUAAAAGGAGAACCAGGCAACGACGGUGCACCAGGAACACCCGGAUAUCCAGGACUACCUGGAUCUCCUGGAGUACCCGGUACUGCAGGCCGGAAAGGUCAGGCAGGUGCUACGGUUAUUGGACCACCAGGUCCAGAUGGUCUUCUUGGUAGGGAUGGUCACGAAGGUUUACCUGGAGAGAGAGGAGACCCCGGUCUAGAGGGACUUAAGGGCUUCCCUGGGCAAGGUGUUAAUUUCCAAGGUCCCAAAGGAGCUCCAGGCUUACCUGGCAUUCCUGGCGAUCACGGUAUUCCCGGUCUAGACGGAUCAGAUGGUUUUCCUGGAGUCAAGGGUCCACCUGGUGAUGCGUGCACUCAGUGCCCACCGGGUAUUAAUGGAGCCAAAGGAGACAGUGGUGAAAACGGUUUACCCGGUUUAGUUGGAUCUCUUGGUCCUCAAGGACUACCCGGACCUAGAGGAUUGAAGGGCGAACUUGGCAGAAAGGGAGGACCAGGUUAUCCUGGUCUUGAUGGAAGACCGGGAGCGGCAGGUUUGGCUGGACGCCAGGGAGAGUAUGGUGACAAAGGUGAACUCGUCUACCCUCCGGAUAUCAAGGGCAAUCAAGGAAACGUAGGAGACAAGGGAUUCCCAGGAUACGAGGGCCCCAUUGGUCCAAUAGGUCCGGCCGGGCUUCCAGGAUUGGACGGUUUGAUCGGCAUCAAAGGCGAAAAGGGUUCUGACGGAGACAGCGGUCCACCGGGCCGAGAUGGGCUACCAGGUCGACACGGUUUACCGGGUCGAAGAGGAGAAGAUGCUCGUGCUGAAAAUGCUAUGCGUGGAGAUGACGGACGCAACGGUAUUCCUGGCUUCCGUGGUGAACCUGGAUUGCCGGGCCUGAAAGGUGAAAGCGGUGACUCAGGAAAUCAGUUAGUACUCAAACCCGGUAUCAUCGGAGAAUCAGGAGAUCAAGGUUUGCAAGGGGACAAAGGAGUUUACGGUGAUAACGGUCGAACGGGAGGGCCAGGACCCAAAGGUGUACAGGGAUCAGUAGGCAUUUCUAGAGAAGGUGAAGCUGGUUUGAAGGGUUAUCCUGGAAUGGCUGGUGAUCAAGGACUCCGUGGAAAGCCUGGAAGACCUGGUCUUCCUGGAAUUGAUGGGAACCCCGGUAUACUCGGUCGCAAAGGUGAUCGCGGCGAGCCGGGACUCGAUAUUUACGACGGACCUCCUGGUUUGCCAGGAUUGAGAGGACCUAAAGGAGAGCCCGGAUAUGAAGGCAUCCCCGGUGGUCGUGGAAGGCCGGGUGAGCAGGGACUGGCUGGACUUCGUGGAUCGAAAGGAGCUCCUGGUCUUGCAGGUCUACCGGGUUCAAGGGGACAAAAAGGUGACAGAGGCAACACUGUCACGGGUGUCAUGGGCCGUCCUGGAGCUCCUGGACCACCCGGCUUGCCUGGCAUUUUCGGCGAUACUGGACUUCCGGGUAUAGAUGGAUUCCCAGGACCCCAAGGACUCAAAGGCCUUCGAGGAGAAAUUGGUCUUAACGGCCGUCAAGGAGUGGAGGGUGAAAAGGGAAAGUCGGGCUUACCAGGAGUCGACGGGUACCCCGGAGUAAAGGGCAUGUCAGGUGACAUUGGGCAGGCCGGUAUUAACGGAUUCCCGGGUAGCCCUGGUCUGCCAGGACUUUCAGGAUUGGAAGGUGACAAAGGAAUGGUUGGCAACGACGGAUUUCCGGGUUUGGAUGGAUUCAAUGGAGCACCUGGUAGAAAAGGCCCCUUUGGCGACAGAGGACCGCCAGGUUUGCCUGGUUCGCCUGGAGAGUCGGGCUUUAGUGGCCCUAAAGGAGACCAAGGAGAAGGAGGCUUUUAUGGCCCACAGGGUUUCCCAGGAACGAACGGGUUCCACGGACUCAAAGGUGAUAAGGGUGAAUCUGGAGAUAACAUCCCGGGCCAAAACGGCGCACGAGGAUUACGAGGAGACCAAGGAAUACAAGGCAUACCUGGCCGUGAUGGACUUAUGGGCGAACCGGGUCUGCCUGGCGCGCAAGGGGCUAGAGGCUCUAAAGGCGAUUUUGGCGACCAAGGAUUUGUUGGCAUUCCGGGCAGACCUGGUUUCGAUGGGCUUAAAGGACCACCAGGAACCCCGGCUGAGCCCGCACCACCCGGUAACAAAGGUAUGUCCGGCGAAGAUGGAGAGCCGGGCAGAUUCGGAAGACCCGGACUUCCAGGUGAUAUGGGACUGCGCGGCCGACCAGGAUUACCCGGCUUACACGGACUUAAAGGAGAAGCUGGCGAUAGGGGUCUGCCCGGUUUCAACGCAAUUAUCGGACCUCAAGGAGAUUCCGGCGAGAGAGGCACUCCUGGUUUGCCUGGUUUUGCUGGCCCACCUGGUGAAGAUGGACUACUUGGUGCUCCUGGUGUCAAAGGUCUUCAAGGUUAUGAGGGCCAGAUUGGAUUGCCGGGCAAUCCAGGCUUUAACGGAGCAAAGGGUGACGCUGGAUUCCCCGGUAUUAUCGGCAUGCCCGGUAUUCCCGGCCCUAAUCCAAUGAAGGGUGAGCCCGGUAUGCCAGGAGUACCAGGCAGACCUGGUCUGUAUGGACGAUCUGGUCAGAAAGGUGCACCAGGAAAUUAUGGCCCGAAUGGACCCGUUGGUAUUGAAGGAUUGCCCGGAAUUUCGUUCAAAGGACAGAGAGGCUUACAAGGAGCCAAAGGCCUGCCUGGAACACCAGGUCGUGAUGGACAAACUGGGCUUCCAGGUAUCGACGGUGUUACAGGAAGACAAGGCUACAAGGGCGAACGAGGCUCUCAAGGAUCUGUUGGCAUCAGAAUCAAAGGUCAAAGUGGAGAUUCUGGAUUUGAUGGUCUUCCAGGCUUGUCAGGAUCUAAAGGUAUGCAAGGCGAUGCUGGUCGCAAUGGUCAAAUUGGCCAACCUGGUCCAAACGGUUUGAGAGGCGUAGACGGCGACGUUGGAUUCGUAGGACUUCAAGGUUUCCCUGGAUCCAAGGGUAUGAUGGGAGAUAAUGGUCCUCCUGGAUUCCCAUCCGACAAGGGACAGCGGGGUGACGUAGGACCUCCCGGUCUUCCAGGCAUGUCGGGCGCAAGAGGUCAAAUCGGCCUGCCAGGUCUUGAGGGACUCAAGGGAAUGGCUGGAGAUAUUGGAAUGCAAGGAUUUCCUGGAUUGCCCGGUUUGCGUGGCCCUGUUGGCUUCCGUGGUGAUGACGGUCUGGAAGGCGCAGUUGGACUUGCGGGACAGAAAGGUCCCAAAGGUUUGGUUGGUGAACCGGCUCCUCCUCCACCUCCCCCUAAAUCACGAGGCUUUUUCUACACACGCCAUUCGCAGAGCUCUAGAAUACCUGGCUGUCCAGCUGGCUCUCAAGAACUGUGGACCGGCUACUCUCUACUUCAUCUCACUGGCGACUCUAAGGCACAUGGGCAGGACUUGGGUGCACCGGGAAGCUGUAUGCCUAGAUUUAGUACUAUGCCAUUCCUUUUCUGCAAUCUGGACAACGUUUGCAAUUACGCAAGCCGCAAUGAUUACUCUUACUGGUUAUCUACGCCCGAACCUAUGCCUAUGAUGAUGACGCCUAUAACCGGCAACGAGCUCACCCGAUACGUGUCGAGAUGUUCAGUAUGUGAGACCCCCACUUACGUCAUUGCAGUACACAGUCAGAGUAUGGAAAUUCCCGACUGUCCUGCUGGAUGGCAGGAACUUUGGAUCGGUUACAGCUUCCUUAUGCACACCGAUUCUGGAGCUGAAGGAAGUGGUCAGUCUUUAGUGUCUCCAGGUUCGUGUUUGGAAGACUUCCGACCCACGCCAUUUAUCGAGUGCCAGGGACACGGUCGCUGCAACUACUACGCUACGGCUACCUCCUAUUGGUUGUCCACUAUUGAAGAGGAUAGACAGUUUGCCAAGCCUCUGCCACAAACCCUGAAGGCUGGCGAUUUGACUUCGCGCAUAUCUCGUUGCGCUGUUUGCCAACGCAAAUUCGCGCAACCAAAUUCUAGUAGAGCACCACCAUCGAAUUUCAGUUCGUCUCGAUCUGUCCGGUCUGGCAGGCGAACAUCGUCAUUUUAAUUUCAAAAAUAUUAUUUUUUUUUUCUAAGAGCCCGAAGGAAACAUCAUUCAGAUUAGUCUUCUUCCAAAGUCAGUAAUAUCUUAAUGCGAAACGUUGGUCUGGAAUUCCCUGUGCAUUUGCCGUCGUUUCACUUUCAAAGCUCUCCAAAUUUAUCUUUACAUUGCAAAUGUAGCUUCUAAUUAGCAGAUGAAAUGGCACUUAUUAAUCUUUUAUGAUGUACAGAAUAGGGAAUAUGAGUGCUUUCCUAUUGGUCGUUGCUUUUGUCAAUCUCAAAAAUCCGUAGAUAUUGAACCUUACUUUUUUUUUCUUUUUUAAAAAAUAUACCUGUAAUAAAUUCAUGAGCGCGUAUGCGCGCUUCAUUUUCGGAACCUUUCACUGCCGUUCGUUAAUGAUAAACACAGUUUUCUUUCUCGAUGAUAGCGCCUUCUUCCGAGUUUUCUUUUCUUUGCAAUGGGGCUUUUCUUCCAUUUCUUAAUACUGCUUCUCCAUACGUUUUGUCAACUGAAUUAUUCUAAAUUCUGACUGCUCCAGCUUCUUUCGAAGUUACUUCAUGAAAAAGCUACACCGUUUCACCACAUCUUGAACGACAAAUAUCUUGUUUUUAUCUUAAAGCAAAUACACUUUAAAUUUAAAACUA